AUGUCAAAAAGAUCAUAUAACUCGCGUUCAUCUUCAAAGGAUCCGAAUUCAUUACAACAAAGAUUUAACAGUCCUAUUAUUAGAACUCCUCUUUCAGAUAUCUCAAAUGUUGACUCAACUGCUGAAAGACGUAAGCUUCGGAAAAUAAUAAUUGAUAACAAGAGAUCAAAGAAAUCGUCAUCAUCAACAAAUGUUCCUAACAUUUUGCCUGAGAACAUAAGUUCGCUGCAGUCUUCUAAUAAUACCAAGAGAUCAAAGAAAUCGUCAUCAUCAACAAAUGUUUCUAACAUAUUUCCUGACAACAUAAGUUCGCUGCAGUCUUCUAACACUAUUGAUCGCAACGUAUGCUCCUUUUCUCCUCAUACAAGUAUAAAUCAUACAACUUCAUUACUUUCAAACAUAACAGAUAAUUCCAGAACCAAAUCCACACCGUCAAAUGAAACUCUUAGAUAUUCCAUUUCUCCUCGCAUCAAUAGUAGUAACAAUCAAUCGGUAUUUGGUACUACUUCUACAAUUACAAGGUUGUCUUCCGGUAAACGUAAGCUUGAGCACAAGAAACGUGAUACCACUCCUAUACCGAUGGUCAAUUUGGAUUCUGAUGAAGAUGAUGUUGUUUUAGUUAGAGUGGACGACCCUUACAAAGGGGUAUCUAAAGAUUAUUUGGACCAUGGUGACCAAGUUCUUACAUGCCAAAUCUGUAGUGCAAAGUUAUGGACAUCAGAAGGUGGAAAAGGGCGAAUAACUCUGAAUAAACUAUGUUAUGGUAUGUGUUGUGGGUAUGGUAAAGUUGAGCUACCGCCUUUAAAGGAUGCUCAUCCGUCUUAUCAAAAUUUGUUUUCUUCGACAAACGAAAAAAGCAAGUUUUUCCAGAAGAAUAUUAGACGAUACAACUCUAUGUUCUCUUUUACAUCUAUGGGUGGAAAGGUUGAUUCUACUAUUAACAAGGGAAACGCUCCAUUUGUAUAUCGUAUAAGUGGUCAAAACUAUCAUUGCAUCGGUAGUCUUAAACCUUCUAAUGGAAAUCAACCUCAGUUUUGUCAGCUAUACAUAUAUGACACUGAAAAUGAAAUAACAAACAGACAGACAUUAUUCGGGAAAACAAGCAAAUCUUCGUCCUCUAAUGAUAAAGAGCUUGAUGUUGAAAUGAUACAGUAUUUGAGGAAUUUUUUAGAUUCAGAAAAUAUGUUGGUUAAGACAUAUAGGAUGGUCAGAGACCAUUUUCACGAAUCCCCAGAGGCUAAUCUUAAACUCCGUCUUAUGUAUAAAAGAGAAAAAGAUGGCAGAAUAUAUAACUUACCAACCACGUCUGAAAUUGCUGCUUUGGUUGUCGGAGACAUAGAUAAAGCUAUAGAUCAUCGUGAUAUUCUUGUGGAGACUCAGUCUGGAAUGCUCCAGCGUAUUAGUGAAUUACAUCCAUCAUAUCUUGCCUUGCAAUAUCCGUUGCUAUUCCCAUAUGGUGAUGAUGGAUAUAGAAUUGAUAUUCCCCAUAGAGAUUUCAUUGUCACGCAAAAGAAAAUAAAGCCAAAGUGCACCAUGAGAGAAUUUUUUGCAUACAGGAUCCAAGAUAGAAAUUAUGGUUUUUCCUUAAUUCUUAAUGGAAGAAGGUUGUUGCAACAAUUUUUAGUUGAUGCAUAUACUAUGAUCGAGAGCGAGAGGCUACAUUUCAUUCGGAGACAACAAACAAAACUUCGAUCUGAGACAUUUGAAAAUCUUCAGAAGCAUAAAGCUAAAGGAAAACAAACUUUAAAAGACACUGGAAAGGCUGUUAUACUACCUUCUUCAUUUACUGGAGGUGCAAGAUUCAUGCAACAAAACUACCUUGAUGCAAUGGCCUUAUGUAAGUCAUUCGGGUAUCCAGAUUUCUUCAUAACUAUAACUUGUAAUCCAAAAUGGCCAGAAGUAAAGAGAUUUCUAAAAGAUUCUUCCAUCAAAGCUGAAGACAGGCCUGACAUAUUGUGUCGAUUGUUUAAAAUUAAGCUUGAUUCCAUACUGAAAGAUUUGAAGGAUUCGAAUUAUCUCGGUGAGAUUAAUGCUGAAUUCCAGAAGCGUGGUCUUCCUCAUGCACAUAUAUGCUUAUUUAUGAAUGUCGAUCACAAACUUCCUACAGUAGAUUACAUAGAUCCAUUCAUAUCCGCUGAGAUUCCUGAUAGAUCCGGAACUUUAUUCCUUGGCCCUGAUAUGGCUACUGCGGUUGUUUCUGGUCUUUCAAAUCCAACCAUUAAUGAUAAGCCAAGAGAUGAGAUCAAGGAAUAUUAUGAUUGCAGAUAUAUUUCAGCUUGUGAAGCAUCAUGGAGAAUAUUCUCAAAUGAGGUUCAUUAUAGGUAUCCUGCUGUUAUGAGGCUUCCCUUUCACAUGCCGGGUCAACAGAAUGUUGUGUAUGGUGCGGAUGACGAUAUUGAUAAUGUGUUAAGCAAGCCUUCUGUUGCUUCUUCAAUAUUUGUUGAAUGGAUGAAAUUAAACGAGUCAGAUGAAAAUGCUAGAAAGUUGACUUAUGUCGAGUUUCCUACCAAAUUUGUUUGGAAACCUCAAGAUAGAUCUUGGCAGGUACGUAAGACGUAUCAAACUGUUGGACGUAUACAUUCUGUGUCUCCUGCGUUAGGAGAACCUUAUUUUUUGAGGAUACUUCUGAAUAAAGUUAGAGGUCCCAGAUCCUUUGAGGAAAUACGUACUGUUAACGGUCAGUUAUUCCCGACAUUUAGAGAUGCUUGCUACGCAAUGGGGCUGUUAGAUGAUGACAAUGAAUAUGUUGAGGCCAUUAAAGAAGCAAGUUUUGAAGGACAUGCUGGGUAUCUGCGAGCGUUAUUUGCUACGUUGCUGUUGUCAAAUACACUUUCACGGCCAGAGUUUGUUUGGGAGAACACGUGGAAAUACUUAGCAGAUGAUAUUUUAUACAGACGUCAAAAAGAAACAAAUAUUCAAGGUUUACUUCUUCCUGAACAUCAAAUUAAAAACCUUACUUUGUUGGAAAUUGAAAAGUAUUUACUUUCGAAUGGUUCGUCGUUACGAGGAUUUAACACGAUGCCUUUCCCUGAUGAUAAUUCGUUACGUGAUGCUACUAAUCGUCUAAUCAAUGAAGAGCUAUCACACGACGUAGAUCAAGUACAAGCUGAGUUUAAUAAUUUGCAUCAAUGUUUGACAGAUGAACAACGAUCUGUUUUUGAGGAAAUAAUGUCAGCAGUUGCAAGCCGUAAAGGAGGGUUAUUUUUCGUCUAUGGUUACGGUGGAACUGGAAAAACGUUUUUAUGGAAAACUUUGUCUUCAGCAGUUCGUUGUAGAGGUGAGAUAGUUUUAAAUGUUGCUUCAAGUGGCAUUGCUUUGUUAUUACUUUCUCGUGGUAGGACAGCCCAUUCUCGCUUCCAUAUCCCAAUUAAUCUGACUGAAGAUUCCAUGUGUCAUAUUAAGCCAAAUAGUGAUAUCGCAAAAUUAUUAAAGGAAACUCAAUUGAUCAUAUGGGAUGAAGCACCGAUGGUCCAUAAACAUGCCUUUGAAGCUUUAGAUAGGACGAUGUCUGACGUAUUUUCUGACGGUAGGAGUAUUCGUUCUGAUGUUCCGUUUGGAGGGAAAGUUUUUGUAUUCGGCGGUGACUUUAGACAAAUCCUACCAGUUAUUCCUAAUGGUACUAGACAACAAAUUGUUUGUGCUUCUUUAAGCUCUUCAUAUAUAUGGUCAAAGUGCAAAUUGUUAAGGUUGACUAAAAACAUGCGCCUAACAAUUGGAGCUGAAAGUUCUGAUAUGGAGUCUAUCAGGGAGUUUGCGAAAUGGCUGCUUGAUAUUGGUGAAGGUAAGUUGGGAGAUGAUAACGAUGGUGAAGCAAUUAUUCAGAUACCAGAUGAUCUAUUAAUCACCGAUAAUUCUGAUCCAAUACAAAGCUUAAUUGACUUCGUCUACCCUUCAAUUAUGGAACAAUUUCGGAAUCCUGGUUUUUUUUCUGAGCGAGCAAUUCUAGCACCAAAAAAUGAUGUAGUUCAUGAAAUUAACGAUCGAUUGCUUUCGUUAUUUCCAGGUGAUGCUAAAGAGUAUUUGAGUUCCGAUAGCAUAUGUCAAACUGAACAAAUGCUUGAUUCAUUUCAAGAAGGCUUAUACUCAACGGAGAACUUAAAUGCUCUUAAGAUUUCAGGCUUGCCUAAUCAUAGAUUAGUUCUUAAAGUUGGUGUUCCUGUCAUGCUUCUACGAAACAUCGAUCAACAAAAAGGUUUAUGUAACGGGACAAGGCUAAGAAUUACUUUUCUAGGCAAACGGGUAAUAGAAGCUGAAGUGAUAUCCGGCGGUAAUAUCGGCACAAGAGUUUUUAUUCCAAGACUUAAUAUGAUUCCGUCAGACAAAAAAAUACCAUUCGAAUUCCAAAGGAGACAAUUUCCUUUAUCAGUUUGUUUUGCCAUGACAAUUAACAAGAGUCAAGGACAAUCUUUAUCAAAAGUUGGUCUGUAUUUGAAAGAUCCUGUGUUCACUCAUGGUCAGUUGUACGUUGCAUUAUCAAGGGUCAAGACCAGAGAAGGAGUUAAAAUAUUGAUAUUUGAUGCUGAGGGAAAACCAACAAAUAAAACGUCUAAUAUGGGCCCACCAUCUCCUCCCUCUUCACGCGGUGACUUCUCCCCGAUUCCCCUCCCCGCACCCCCUCCCCGCACCAACGGCGGCGGUGCUCCCGCUAGGUGA